AGUAACAGCAUCCCGAGCUUGGUCACCAGCAGCUCAGUCGCUAAUCAACUGUACCGCGUGCUGGCUGACUGGCUGCUAGCUUUUCGUUGCGUUGCGCCUACAGUAUCAACAGCAGUGUUUGAUAGUGAGGAGUCGUUGGCCAAGCGGAGAAAAGAUCCGAGAAUCAAUUCCUGAUAAGACCGGCACUAUCGGCAGGGCAAGUGUGGGCCCGCGUGGUAUAGAAGCAAGAAGGAAAGGAAAAUGGCCCGUGCACCUACUAUUUGGCUGGUCCCGGUGCUGCUAUUCCUGAUGCACAGUAUCGUUGGUCAGCUAGAGGCUUGCAGUAAAAUCCCCUCGAUCGAUGGCCGCCCUGUGACUAGCAAGAAGCAACCGGGAGACAAUGGUUACCGGCUUGCCAUCCGCGAUGAUCCACAGGGAUACGAACCGGGCAAGAUAUACAAUCUCUUUAUCGUCGGCUCGCGGACGCACGCCAAGCUGCAACAAUUCACGCACUUUACACUCGCCGCACAGGCUAAGUCCGGCAGCCGUACGCACAUCGGUGGACCGAAGCGUGUAGGACGGUUUCAGCUGUUCAGCGAUUCACUAACCAAGUUCCACGAGCACUGCGUCAACACGGUCACCCAGGCGGACGAUUUCCCCAAAUCGGAGAUCCAAGUGAUGUGGGUUGCACCGGCCCAAGGAUCCGGCUGUGUCAGCAUCUCGGCAAUGGUCUACGAAGACGACCAGCACUGGUACGCGGACGAAGGUGCGCUCACGAAGGUACUGUGCGAGUAUAAACCGAAACCACGGAUCCAGAAGGGUGAAUGCUGUGCCUGCGAUGAAGCGAAGUACAGUUUUGUCUUCGAAGGUAUCUGGUCCAACGAAACGCAUCCGCGGGAUUAUCCGUUUGCUGUCUGGUUGACUCACUUCUCCGACGUGAUCGGUGCGUCACACGACACGAAUUUUUCCUUCUGGGGCGAGAACCACAUUGCCACCGAUGGGUUCCGGAUGUUGGCCGAGUGGGGUUCGGUGCGCCUGCUGGAGGAAGAGCUUCGGGCAAAAGGUCCACGGUUGCGGACACUCUUUAAGGCGGCCGGUUUGUGGUACCCGCGUGUAAAUGAAAACACCACGUCCAGCUUCCGGGUCGACCGGAAGCACCACAAGGUAUCGAUGGCCUCGAUGUUCGGUCCCUCGCCAGACUGGGUGGUAGGCAUUUCGGGAUUGGAUUUAUGUCGGGCGGAUUGUACCUGGACCGAGACGCUCGAUUUCGAUCUGUACCCGUGGGAUGCUGGUACGGACAGUGGUAUUAGCUACAUGUCGGCCAACGCUGAGACACAGCCACGCGAACGUAUGCACCGCAUCACGACCCUGUAUCCGGAGGAUCCACGAGCACCUUUCUAUGAUCCGAGCUCAUCCACCAUGACACCAUUGGCGCGGUUGUACAUCCGGCGCGAACGGCUUAUGCCACGGAACUGCGAUGAAGAGUUCUUGCAGGCACAGGUACUGGAAGUGGCCGAAAAUGAGGAGGAGGAGCGGCGACCGGAAUGUGCCACCAGUGAGUACAGUGCCUGGUCACCGUGUUCCGUAACGUGUGGCAAAGGAAUCCGUAUGCGGAAUCGGAAGUACCUCCAACCGAACAAGGCUCGUAGUAUGGGCUGUAACCGUCAGCUGACCGCGAAGGAGAUGUGCGUUGCACCGGUACCAGAAUGUGAAGGGGCACAGGGUUCGACCGCCGAUGGUGGAGGCAGCGCGGAGGACAUAGGUAAACUGGCGCCAAGUGUGGAUGAAACCGGUGAGGGUAUUGGUGUCUGCCGGACAACGAAAUGGAGCGAAUGGUCUGAGUGUUCUGUCAGCUGCGGGAUCGGUGUUACCAUGCGAACACGUACCUUCGUAGAGCACGCAGGACGCAAGAAGUGUCCGCACAUCAAUGUCGUUGAGAAGCAAAAAUGCAUGCAACCGGAAUGCUCGAUCACCGAAAUGGAAGCUCCUGAUCCACUCUGUCCCGUCACGGCCUGGAGCGACUGGAGUCCGUGCAGUGCAACGUGUGGCCGUGGGGUGAUGAUCCGUACUAGGCUGCUUCUGUUGGCGCCCGAAGAUCAAGAGCGGUGCACGAACCGGAUUGAACUGAACCAACAGCGGCAGUGUAGCGAGAAGGCGGAUUGUCUGUUCGAUACCUUCACGGCACAGGAGAUCUGCUCUCAAGCACCGGAAGCGGGUCCAUGUCGAGGACGCUAUCAGCGUUACGCCUUCGCCAGCAGCCAAGGUACCUGCGUUCCCUUCUACUACGGUGGUUGCCGAGGUAAUCGCAACAACUUUGUCACCGCCGAUGACUGCAUGCAGACGUGUGGGACACGCGGACGAUCGGUACCGGUGCGUUCGACGACGGCAGCGACGGUUGACAGGACACGAACGGCCGCCAGCAGCGUCGGCAGUCCGUACGACACGUUGCCCGUGGAUUGUGUGCUUUCCGACUGGUCCGACUGGAGUCCAUGUUCGGUGAGCUGUGGCACUGGACGAUCGGAGCGAACGCGCACUAUUCUCACGCAUCCACGCAACGGAGGGCAACCCUGUUCACCGCGCGUCAUUAAACGUCGCGAGUGUACUGGUCCACCGUGUGCCUAAACGAUCCAUAAGCUGCCUUGAUUGACCUUCGAACUGUAUUGCGAAUAAAGCUGGGGACUUUCGACCAUCGCAGCAUGCUUCCCACUGUUGGGGUGUUC